GGGUUUAUGAUUUUUUUGCACAUCAUCAACAACCCUUUAAAACUAAUCUAACGAGAAUCCCUUCUCUACUCACCACACCAAAGCUGCUGCUGCUUCUUCCUCUACAACCCGCCGCAGCCACCGGUCGCCGAUUCCACCCUCCCUCCGGUUCUCUACUCCGCCGCCGCGGGUCGCCGGAGAAGAGCUUCAUCGAUGGGAAAGAGGAAGGAGAGGAUUCAGAAUCCGGAACCGUUUGUUCCGGAUGGCGCUGAAUAUGCCAAGUCGAAGAAACCUUCGAAGGCUCCCAAACAGCACCAGAAGGAAGAGAAGAUGAUCGCUUCCUGCAUCAGCUCGAAGAUCAUGAAGGAGGCUUUGAUUCAGCAAAAGGAGGAGGCUGAGGAGGAGGACCACAACAACGGCACCAAGAGCUCCUUUAAUGGCCUCCAAGACCUCGCCGCCACGCUCAAUGAAGAAGACGAUGAUGUUGAUGACUUUGCUGGAUUCCCUGAAACUCAGAGCCAGUUCGGUGGAUAUAAAGAGGAGGAGCUUAAUGAGGAGGAUGAGAGACUAAUGGAAGCAUUCUUAUCAAAAGAACCAGGUCGCCAGAAAACACUUGCAGACAUCAUUGUUGAAAGAAUAAAAGAAAAGGAUGUUUCGGUUGCUUCAGAAAAUCGACCAGUGCCUAAAUUGGAUAAAUCCAUUAUUGACGUAUACAAGGGUGUUGCAACUCUACUUAGUAGAUAUACGAUAGGAAAAAUUCCUAAGGCAUUCAAACACAUCCCCUCCAUGCAACACUGGGAGGAGGUCCUGUAUGUAACUGAACCUGAAAAUUGGUCUCCAAAUGCUAUGUAUCAAGCCACAAGGAUUUUUGCUUCUAAUUUAGGUGCAAAAAAGGCAGAACGCUUCUACAGGCUUGUGCUGCUUGCUAGAGUGAGAGAAGAUAUAAGAAAGAACAAGCGGCUGCAUUUUGCUUUAUACCAAAGUCUGAAGAAGGCAUUGUACAAACCCGCUGCUUUCUUUAAGGGAAUAUUGUUUCCACUAUGUGAGUCGCGCACAUGCACUCUCAGGGAAGCAGUCAUUGUUGGAAGCAUUAUAGAAAAGGUUUCUAUUCCUCCACUUCAUUCAAGUGUUGCACUACUGAAGCUUGCUGGGAUGGAAUAUUGUGGCACCACAAGCUAUUUCAUAAAGCUUCUUCUGGAGAAGAAAUAUGCUUUACCAUAUCGUGUGGUUGAUGCUGUUGUGGCUCAUUUUAUGAAGUUUCUCAAUGAAACGAGGAUAAUGCCUGUUAUAUGGCACCAGUCACUUCUUACAUUUGCGCAGAGGUACAAAAAUGAGCUGCAGAAGGAACAGAAGGAUAACUUGAAGUUUCUACUGGAAAAGCAAAAGCAUAAAUUAGUUACACCUGAAAUUAGUAAAGAGUUGAACCACAGCCGUAACCGAGGUGAAAAGGAGGAUGAUCUUAUGUCAAUCUCCGUUCCAGUCUCUAUGUUAAUAAAGCCUAUUGAAGAAAAAAGAGAUGAGAUUCCAGAGGUACCAAUGGAGGAGGACUGAUUUAUUGUGGCUCUCAUUGGGGAAUUUCCUUUGGGAGGAAACGUACAUCUCGUCGUCGUCGUGCCUAGUCUCGAGUGUCAGCAAUCUUGUACUUGGUCAUAUGAGAUUUAUUUGACUUUUAGGCUUUUAUGUCAUUGAAUUUUUCUUUUCCUAAUUUAUUUUUACCAUCAGGGCAGUAAAAUAUAAUUCGACUUGGUAGCAUACAUUUAUCAUAUAAGAUUAUUCUUCCACUAUUUUUGUGGAUUAAAUAAUUGAAAGGAUUUUAUUUUCUUGUUGGCC